CUUGUAGCCGCACCAGUUAGCCCAGCAGCAGCUAGUAAGCGUUUGGUCGGUGCGAGCCUGAGCAUCCUCGAAAAAUUACAACUGGGGGAGAAAGAUUCAGACACUCACACAGCUCACUUUAAAUCUGACAGAGGGGAUCUCUUUGAAGACAAAGAGUAUAAAGAUGCCUUCAGCAAUGGUUGGCAACAAUGCUGUUCAGUCUGCCAUUCCAGACCUGGGAAACGUAAGUCAGUCUGAGACCAUGAAGCAGGUUCUUGCUGUGAUUGACAAGAAGGUCCGCAACAUGGAAAAGAAAAAGUCGAAACUGGAUGACUACCAAACAAAGAAGGAUAAAGGAGAAAAGCUGAAUCAGGAUCAGCUGGAAGCCUUGUCGAAGUAUCAAGAGAUCCACCACAAUCUUGAGUUUGCUCGAGACUUGCAUAAGAGUUUCCAGGUAUUGGGUCUCGAGCUUCAAAAGACGGUGAAGAAGAACGCGCGGCGGGAACAGCUGCAGCGAGAGGAAAUGGAACAACGGCGACUUAAGACGGUUUUGGAGCUUCAGUUUUUACUGGACCAGUUGGGAGAAGACGGCGUCAGGCAGGACCUCAAACGACCUGAUGCCACUGGUUCUCCUUUGCUCAUUGACGCUGACCUGACAUCCCUUGAUGAAUUUUACAAACUGGUGGGACCUGAUAGGAAUUAUGAUGUCAGGUUGACUGACCAGUAUGAUGAGGCAUCAGUUCACUUGUGGGAGCUGCUUGAGGGCAAAGACAAGGCCGUUGCGGGGACCACAUAUAAGCUGCUGAAGGACAUGUUGGACAAAGUACUGCAGAGUGGUUACUUUGACAAAGCCCAAACGCAUCAGAAUGGAUCCUGUGAGCAGGAAGAGGAGCAAGAAGAGCAGGUUGUGGUGGUGGCUGAGACAAAGACUGAGGAGCAGCAGCCUUCAGAACCAGAAGGAACAGUCAGUGAACCUUUCAUGCAGCCAGUUACAGUGGAAGCCACAGAGUUUGUAAACAGACAGUUCAUUCCAGAAACUCCAUACAGCGGUACAGAUAAAGACCAAGUGGAGGAGUGGACAGUGGAGGCUCAGAUAUUGAAUUCCAUCCAGCACCAACCCCCUGCCCAACUGGCUCCAGAACCGACUGUUACUGCGAACCAUGUCGCUCCCGCUCCCACCCCUGACCCAGUGGUCAGAAAACAGGUGGUGCAGGACCUCAUGGCCCAGAUGCAAGGAACGUACAACUUCAUGCAGGACUCCAUGUUGGAGUUUGAUGGCCAUGCCAUGGAUCCAGCCAUCGUGUCUGCCCAGCCUAUGAAGCCUGUGCAGACUGCUGACCUGCAGCAGAUGGGCUGUCCUUCAGAGUCCAGACUUUCCCAAACAAGUGUACUGUCGGGACCACAAGAACCCACACAAGCCUUGAUGUCUCUUUCGCCUGAGCCGCCCCCCGCCCCAUGUUCUCUGUCCUCUGCCUUCCCACCCGUCUCCAAAUCCACCCACACUGGAGGCAUCAAUGUCAACGCGGCACCCUUCCACUCGGUGCAAGCGGUAUUUCAUUUGAGCGCGCCUGUACCCUCAGCCACCGAAGGCCAAGCAGACCCUCUGAAGCAGUCCAGCCAGUUCCCCGGUGGCUACGGACAAGGGUUCAGCAGCCAGUCGGAGAGUACUGUGGACCAGGCCGACAUCCCACAGGAGACAUUACAGUCAGUUGUCAGUGGAUUCCAGCCCCAAGACCAGGUCCUGGCCCCUGCAGGAGCUCAUGAAGAGUCCGCUCCAGGUGCAGGGUUCGUACAGUCGGGCCAGUCCUUCUACGGCAGCAGGGCCGUACCCAGAGGCGGACCCAGGAACGCAAGGGGCAUGACGAAUGGAUACCGGGGCUCCUCCAACGGAUUUCGAGGGGGAUAUGAAGGAUAUCGGCCUCCUUUCUCAAACGCUCCCAGCAGCGCUUACGGUCAAACCCAGCUGAACUCGUCUCGGGACUAUUCCAACAGCUCCUACCAGCGGGAGGGAUAUCAAGGCUACAAACGGGGCGCUGCCCAGGGACCUCGGGGUUUGUCUCGGGGUAAUGCUCAAGCAAUGCGAUCCUAAAGGAUUUUAAGGACCGUCAAAUUCGCGCCACGUUGAACAUUCAGGAUUUUUGAAUGUGUUCUGCCCCAGCUCACUUUUCUAACAAUCUUUUAGUUGUCAUUGGUUCUCUUUAUUUUUAUAAGUCCUGGUCUUUUACUGUCAGUCAGUCAGUCAGUCAGUCGGUCUGCUUCGGUCUGUCUAGAUCCUCUAAAUGUUUUAACACAAAAAUGCUGAACUUCACCACAUGUAGGAUUAUCAGCAUGUCUGUGUGUUGUGCAACAACAAAUAGAUAUUCCUGUAAACUUGAAAGAGUUCAUUAAUUUAUUUUUUGUACAAAAUAAAUGCAAAAAAUACCCUGUCACUGUCCAUCUAAUGUCACGAGACUGAUUUCCUUCUGCCCUACGUCGCCGGCCACUAUUUUCCUUUGGAUCUAAUACUUUUCAGAAAAGCAUUUAAUUUUGUUUUUAACCCCAGUCACCUCUUUGUACGCUGAUGUUAUUCAUUGAAACUGUUUCAAUAAAGUUGUGUUCUAUUA